GAAUUAGGCCAUAGAGGAUUAUGGAAACCAUCAAAAAAAAAAUUUGGUUAAUAACUUGGAUUUACUCGAUUAUACUUGCACUUUAGACACAUUCCGUUUAUAAUACAGCGCAGUUGUUUCUGUUCACACGAAAGCAUUAAUAUUUUAUUUUACUUAUUUUAUUUUUUGAUGAUUGGCGGCCUUUUACCUUCCUCAAUCGCACAGCCCCGCCCCCGUUACACCUGUCGCUGAUAAAAAGCUUUGUGAAACGCAGCGCAUUGUGUGGCUGUAGCCAAAUUCAGCAUGUCAACUCGGACAGAAACUCUUCUUCAAAGCCCCUUAGAGUCGCGAGGUCUGCCUUUUCACCUGUGGCCAACAGACAUACCACAUGACUUAAAGCCUAAAACACACCCAUGUAGCCCAGAACCUUGGCUUCUUCCAGGCUGCAGUUCAGUGUAUGAUAGUUUUGUCAGAUUCCCACCUACCAGCUGCUCUAAAACCCCACAGUUGACUUCACAUAAUGGAAAAAAAACAUCUGCUGCUCAGAAGCCUUGCAGGUCUUCCAUUCUUGAGAGGUGUAUCCUGAAGAUGUCUACAGCUAGUGUUGCUGUUGGAACGGAGGACAUAGAUGGAAUCAAGAGGUCACCUUCAGGGCGACAGUGGUGCUCCCACAAUGCUGACCAAGCACAAUUUGAGACUAAUGAGGCAGUUUUGAAGCGCAGACAAAAACAGAUUCAGUAUGGAAAGAACACCUGUGGCUACCAAAACUAUGUGCAGCAGGUUCCAAAGCCCCUGCGCAUCUCUGGGAUUCACCCUUCCACUCCCAACAAAUACCGCAAAUAUAGCCGUAGAUCUUGGGAUAUGCAAGUCAGGCUUUGGCGUAGAGCACUUCACGCAUGGGAUCCACCAUCUGCCUCCCAGAAAGACAUUGAGGGACAAGACCCAGUUGAUCAACUGCAGGACCUGCUUGAGAAGAUGAAUGCAGAGUUAUGCGAAUUUGGAGAAAAGGAGGGAACAAAGUGGGAGAUGGCACCAGACUCUUGUGCUUCCAUGAUUUCUCAACCUAAUGACAUAUCAACCGAUAGUCCUUGGCUGUCUUUUAAUGCCUCUCAAGUUGGGGUCUCGUACCACCAGAGUCAAACCUCUCAGCUUGGAUUGGGCUAUACCUUCAGCAGUCACUUAACUGCUCAGGAGAAUGUUCUAGGAUGGUUGCGAUUUCUCCUUGAGACUGACCACAACCUGAACCAGGCACCUUUGCUGCAAGAAGAGCCUUUCUGGAGAUUUACAUAGUGUCUUGUCAAAUGAUGUUAACUGUCUCCACAGAGCAUGUGCAAAACUUUUUUUUUUGUCUGGCAGUGUUUGAUGUUCUAAGAAAGAUUACACUUUGAUCACUGUCUCCUAGUUCAGUAUGCUAUGUAUUUUGGCAUCAAGGCAUUCUCUCCAGAUAAACGUUAACUAUUGCACACUUUCACAUACCAGUUAUCACUACUUUGUUCUUGACUUUCUAAUUUUUGACCUGGUGAAGAAAUUUUUUUUUUUUUUUUUUUUUCUCUCUCUCUCCCAAAAGCAGUAAAGCACACAUUCUGUUCCUUAUUGGUUCCAUGUUAACACUGUUUCUCCUGUUUGUCACGUCACUGUUUUUCUAAAAACAGACUAAGUUUAGACAUUUUAUUUUUAUAUAUAGUGUGUGUGUGUGUGGCUCUCUAAUAUGAAUGGAAUGCAAAACUAAUAAAGAUGUGGACUGGCUGUAGUUGACUUGGCAUAUUUGUGAUGAGUGACAUUUAUUUGAACUCGUUGCCCUACAGUAUGAUGUUGCACCAUAGAGAGAAUUAUGAUGCAGGCUUAACAGCACAUUGCCAUUAUACUUGUAAAUUAUUUAGAAAAUUAACAACCUCAAUUUUUCAUCUUGAAAUAGUGGUUUGGAAAGAUGCUUUGAUCCAUACAAAUGCUUAAAGAUGUACUCCAUAAGUCUUUGUUCAAGACGUCUUUGACUUACACUGACAUCUAAGGCUGUGGAUGCAGCAUCAUUAAAAUGCAAUACUGAUGCCAUUUUAGAACAUUUAUAUUAACCUGCAGCCAUGAGUAAAAGUGUCCAAUAACAGGGUGGUUACUGAUAUUGAGUAGUUUUCAGCUGGUCAUGUGAUCCUUACAUGGCAGCACCCAUGA